UUUCGAUCCCGAAAAUCAAAGCAAAACGCGCCUUUUCCUUUACACGUUAUCCUGACCUCUUUUUUUUUGUCCUCCUUUUUCAACGCGGUCCACCAUAAAAACAAUGCGAGAUAGUUACAAUGUUCGCAUAUUAGGCCAGUCGCUUUAUGAUAAAGUCGCUUCAAGUCGCGUACUAAUGGUGGGUGCUGGCGGCAUUGGUUGUGAACUUUUAAAGAAUCUCGUCUUGUCAGGAUUCAAGCACAUUGAAAUCAUUGAUUUGGACACGAUUGACAUUUCCAACCUGAAUCGACAGUUUCUGUUCCAAAAACAACACGUGAAAAAAUCGAAAGCUCAUGUAGCAAAAGAAUCAGCACUCAGGUUCAAUCCUUCUGUCGAUAUUGUGUCACAUCAAGCAAACAUCAAAGAUCCACAGUUUAAUGUCACUUGGUUCUCUCGGUUUACCAUUGUCUUUAACGCGCUAGAUAAUUUGGAGGCACGCCGACAUGUCAACCAGAUGUGCUUGUUCGCCAACAUUCCCUUGGUUGAAUCAGGCACAACGGGUUACCUUGGUCAAGCUUAUGUCAUUAGAAAGGAUGUCACUGAAUGCUUUGACUGUGAACCAAAACCGACGCCAACUACAUACCCCGUUUGCACUAUCCGCAGCACGCCUAGUCAACCUAUACAUUGCAUUGUUUGGGCAAAAAGUUAUCUAUUCAGUCAACUGUUUGGUAACUCUGAAGAAGAGGAUGAGGAUUUGCAAGUCAAAGACUCCGACAAGGAAAAUGCUCAAGAACUCGAAGCACUGGCACGGGAAACCGGGGAAUUAAAGGCAAUCAAAGCAGCCAUGGGAACCGAUGAAUAUGCCCAAAAGGUGUUUGACAAGGUGUUUACAUCCGAUAUUGAGCGACUUUUGUCCAUGAAAGAGAUGUGGAAAACCAGAGAAAAACCGGUACCGCUUUCGUACAGCGCUAUUGAAAAAGAGAGCCAUAAUGACUCGACUGAAACAGCCCAGAGUGGAUUGAAGGACCAACGAGUAUGGAAUGUCAAGGAGUGUGUUGGGAUGUUCAAAGACAGCAUCGAGAGAUUAUCCACACGACUACUGGAGCUGAAAGAAAAGACCAGUGAUGCCAUCUUAUCAUUUGAUAAAGAUGACGAUGAUGCAUUGGACUUCGUCACUGCCACAGCAAAUCUUCGUGCACAUAUCUUUGGAAUCCAGGAAAAGAGCAGAUUUGAAGUAAAAUCUAUGGCGGGCAACAUCAUUCCUGCUAUUGCAACCACCAAUGCAAUCAUCGCUGGUAUUGCUGUGAUGAAAGGAUUUGCUGUGCUCCGCGGUCAUGUCGAGACAAUCAAACGGACAUACUUGACAACAGUGGGCCGUCAGCGCCCGUUGCUUAUGCUGGAAGAUCCACCCAAACCGAAUCCAGAGUGCAAGGUGUGCCAAACAGUGAGUGCAACAGUAACUGUUGACUUUGAGCGGGCCAAGUUGAGCGAUCUUUUGGAGACGGCCAUUGUCAAGGGUGCCAGUCUCGACGCUGAAGAAGUAACAAUGAUGAAUGGAAACAAGAUUGUUUACGAUGUCGAUCUAGACGACAAUCUGCAAACACUGCUGACGGAUUUAGGCAUACACGCGGGCACGAUCCUUCGAGUGGCAUCGGAUGAUGACGAUGAAAUUGACUUGGUGCUGCAGGGACUGUAUGUAUAUAUACAACCAGUUGUUUUUGAUCAUUAUGGAUUGCUUGCUAAUACGACCACGCUAUAUUAGCGAUGAGGAGAACAUAGAUGCUGCUGCUGCUGCUGCUGUGCCUGCUGUUCAGCUUGUCGGAGGACCUAUUCAGAAGAGGGUGAAAAAGAAGGUGACACCCGCAGCGGGUGGUGAAAAGCGUCCACUGCCCGACGACGAGGGUGAACCAGUAGAAGCAAGCUCUAGCAAACGGUCGAAACUGGAACAACAGCAGCAAGUGGUGGUGAUUGAUGACGACGACACGAUCGUGCUGGACUGAGCACAAGG